GCGCAGCAAACCGACCCCAGCAGCCACGCGCUCCUUGCAGCACUCGUUUCCCUCUCAGGGGCCGCCGGGCCUUCCUCCCCGCGAAGAUUUGUGCUGGGUUCAGCUUCGCUUGGGAGGCGUCGCAGCCCCCCUCGUGAAGCCCAACGGGGAUGGCAGGCCGCAAACACGUCUGGGCUAUAACGGGGUUCGGUCUGCGACUUGAGGCAGUCUGAAACAACAUGUUCUUUCUCAACACGUCAUUGAUUUAAAAUGCGUUAUCACAAAGUCAACAGCCCUCCUGGAGAAUCUCCUGGCUGACGCUGGCAGAUAAGGACCAUUUAUAUGGGGGGGUAUCUGAAAGGACAAUGACAGGCCGUUUCCUAGAAACAUGAUUGCUUGCUGCUCUUGAUCUCACAGCUUUGUGUGAAGACUUCUUCUCUGAUAAUGUCAAGUUCGGGCUAUCCUCCUAACCAAGGAGCAUUCAGCACAGAACAGAGUCGUUACCCUACACACUCUGUGCAGUACACCUUCCCUAGCACCCGACAUCAGCAGGAGUUUGCAGUUCCUGAUUAUCGUUCUUCUCAUCUGGAAGUCAGUCAGGCAACUCAGCUUUUGCAACAGCAGCAGCAGCAGCUUCGGCGACGGCCUUCCUUGCUUUCAGAAUUUCACCCAGGCUCUGACAGGCCUCAAGAAAGGAGAACUGGAUAUGAGCAGCAGUUUCAUCCAGGUCCAUCACAGACAGAUCAUGAUUCUUUGGACACUAAGCGUCCACGUCUUGAACAAGUUUCUGAUUCCCAUUUUCAGCGUGUCAAUACUGCUGCUGUCCUACCUUUAGUACAUCCUUUGCAGGAGGGAUUGCGCUCUUCAGAUAUUAAGAAGGAACCAGCUUUUGGAGGCAAGCAUGAAGGGCCAUCCUCUCCCAUCCCUGGUCAGCCAUGUGGAGAGGACCAGAAUGCUUCACCUUCAAAACUGUCGAAGGAAGAGCUUAUACAGAGCAUGGAUCGUGUAGAUCGAGAAAUUGCAAAGGUGGAACAGCAGAUCCUUAAACUGAAGAAGAAGCAACAACAACUUGAAGAAGAAGCUGCUAAGCCUCCAGAGCCAGAGAGGCCUGUCUCCCCUCCUCCAGUGGAACAGAAACACCGCAGUAUUGUCCAAAUUAUUUACGAUGAAAAUCGGAAAAAAGCAGAAGAAGCUCACAAGAUUUUUGAAGGUCUUGGUCCAAAAGUUGAACUACCACUUUACAACCAACCGUCAGACACAAAGGUGUACCAUGAAAACAUCAAAACAAACCAGGUGAUGAGGAAGAAGCUAAUUUUAUUUUUUAAGAGAAGAAAUCAUGCAAGGAAACAAAGGGAACAGAAGAUUUGUCAACGUUAUGAUCAAUUGAUGGAGGCAUGGGAGAAAAAAGUUGACAGGAUAGAAAAUAAUCCUCGUAGGAAAGCUAAAGAGAGUAAAACAAGAGAGUACUAUGAGAAACAGUUCCCAGAAAUCCGAAAACAGAGAGAGCAGCAAGAACGAUUUCAAAGGGUUGGUCAAAGAGGGGCUGGUCUUUCAGCAACUAUUGCUAGAAGUGAACAUGAGAUUUCUGAAAUCAUUGAUGGACUCUCUGAGCAGGAGAACAAUGAAAAACAAAUGCGUCAGCUCUCUGUCAUUCCUCCCAUGAUGUUUGAUGCAGAACAAAGACGAGUGAAGUUUAUUAAUAUGAAUGGUUUGAUGGAGGAUCCCAUGAAGGUUUAUAAAGAUAGACAGUUCAUGAAUGUUUGGACAGACCAUGAGAAGGAGAUCUUCAAGGAAAAGUUUGUCCAACACCCCAAGAACUUUGGUCUAAUUGCCUCCUACCUGGAAAGAAAGAAUGUUCCUGACUGUGUGCUGUAUUAUUAUCUAACCAAGAAAAAUGAGAAUUAUAAAGCACUUGUGCGAAGAAAUUAUGGAAAACGUAGAGGAAGAAACCAGCAACAAAUUGCACGUCCUUCCCAAGAAGAAAAGGUAGAAGAAAAGGUAGAAGAAGAAAAAGCAGAAAAAACAGAGAAAAGAGAGGAAGAAAAGAAAGAUGAAGAGGAAAAGGAUGAGAAGGAGGAAUCUAAAGAGAACACCAAAGAGAAGGACAAAACAGAAGUUGCCCCAGAGGAAACUGAGGAAAGGGAGCAAGCAACUCCUAGGGGACGAAAGACUGCCAACAGCCAAGGCCGUCGUAAAGGCAGGAUCACCAGAUCAAUGACAAACGAAGCUGCGGCCGCAAAUGCUGCUGCAGCUGCUGCUACUGAAGAACCACCGCCUCCUCUCCCGCCCCCGCCAGAACCUUCUUCUGCAGAGCCUGUGGAGACCUCCCGCUGGACAGAAGAAGAAAUGGAAGUUGCUAAAAAAGGAUUAGUGGAACAUGGUCGCAAUUGGGCGGCAAUUGCCAAAAUGGUUGGAACUAAAAGUGAAGCUCAGUGUAAAAACUUCUACUUCAACUACAAAAGGAGACAUAAUCUGGACAACCUCCUUCAGCAGCACAAACAGAAAUCUUCACGACGGCCCCGUGAAGAACGGGAUGUAUCUCAGUGCGAAAGCGUGGCAUCAACUGUGUCAGCUCAGGAGGAUGAAGAUAUUGAAGCAUCCAAUGAAGAAGAAAAUCCAGAAGACAGUGAAGGUGCUGAAAACAGCUCAGAUACAGAGAGCGCUCCAUCUCCUUUACCAGCAGAAGCUGUUAAACCUAGUGAAGAUGCUGUGUCUGAGGGCACUGUUUCUAGAAUAACCACUGAGACGGCAGCAGAGCAGGAAUCUGCCAUUAAAACUGCACCCAGUGCCUCCCCUUCUGCAGCAACCCAAUGCGCGCAAACAGCUGAAACUCAGAACUCUGAGCCGCAGGUUAAAGAAGAAAUAAAUAAUGAGGUGGAAGAGGCUAUGGAGGUGGACAGUAGAAGCCACUCAGCUGAAGUUAAACCUAUGCUUAACCUUCCAGUGCAUACCAAAGUAGAGCCUAUAGACACUGAAAUGAGGUUACCAGAAAAUAUUCAAGUGAAAAUAGAAAGUGAAACCAAAGAAAGGGAUAUGGAGAAACCCAAGGAAAAGUCAGAACCUGAGGAAAUGGACUACACUCUCACACAACAGACUGCUACAGCAAGACAGGAGACCCAUUCAGACAAUGAUUCGAGCGCCACAUGUAGUGCCGAUGAGGAUGUUGAUGGAGAACCUGAAAGACAAAGGAUCUUCACUAUGGACUCAAAGCCUUCACUGCUAAACCCAACUGGAUCAAUACUAGUAUCAUCCACGAUAAAACAAGGACAGAUGGACUUGCAACAACUUCACCAUCGAGCUGCUGUCAUACCUCCUAUGGUCUCUUGUAGCCCAUGUACUGUACCUGUUGGCACACCAGUGAGUGGAUAUGCUCUCUACCAGCGGCACAUUAAAGCUAUUAUGCAUGAGUCGGCAUUGUUGGAAGAGCAGCGCCAAAGGCAAGAGCAGCUAGAUAUGGAAUACAGAAGUUCUGUGAGCCCAUGUGGCACAUCCAAGAGCCCCAGCAUGGAGUGGGAAGGAAAAUCAGUUGCCUAUAUGCCUUAUGCUGAGGUCAAACGAGCAAUAGAGCAGGAAGCACAGGUGCAAAAUACAGCAGCAAGGUCAGCAUCACCGUACAGGCUAUCUCCAAGAGAAGUCAAUAAAGCCUCUCCUCAGCCUGAUAUGAAUGCCGCUCGCUAUAGUGUCCCACCAGUCCUCCAGCCUGCUCCUCAUCAAGUAAUCACAAAUAUACCGGAAGGGGUCCGGCUCUCAACAACCCGACCUACCAGACCACCACCGCCACUCAUUCCAUCCUCCAAAACUUCUGUGCCAUCAGAAAAGCCAUCGUUCAUUAUGGGAGGUUCAAUCUCACAAGGAACACCUGGCACUUACUUAACAUCCCAUAGUCAAGCUUCUUAUGUCCAGGAACCAGCAAAGCCCUCUGUGGGUUCCAUAUCCCUUGGACUGCCAAGGCAACAGGAGUCUGCCAAACCUGCCACCAUCCCCUAUAUCAAGCAAGAAGAGUUCUCUCCCAGAGGCCAGAACUCCCAGCCUGAGGGUCUUUUGGUCAGGGCACAGCAUGAAGGCGUAGUCAGAGGUACCACAACAACCAUACAAGAAGGAAGUAUAACACGAGGAACUCCAACCAACAAGGUUUCUGUCGAAACUAUGCCUUCGCUGCGAGGAUCCAUUACUCAGGGUACCCCAGCUCUGUCUCAGUCUGGCAUUGCUGCUGAUGCAUUACUGAAAGGAACCAUCACUCGACUGGCUACCGAAGACAGCAGCCCUGAGAAAUGCCGAGAUGAGUCUACAACCAAAGGCCAUGUUAUUUAUGAAGGCAAGAGUGGGCAUAUCUUAUCCUAUGAUACAGCUAUUAAGAAUGUCCGAGAAGGGACAAGGAGUCCUCGGACUGCUCAUGAAAUGGGUUUAAAGCGAAGUUACGAUACUAUGGAAGGAAAUAUAAAGCAAGGAAUGCCUAUGAGGGAGUCUCCAGUCUCUGCACCAUUAGAAGGGUUAAUAUGCCGUGCACUGCCCAGGGGCAGCCCUCAUGCUGAACUGAAAGAAAGAACUGUGCUGUCUGGCUCUAUAAUGCAAGGCACACCCAGAACGACGGCAGAGAGCUUUGAAGAUGGUCUGAAGUAUCCCAAGCAGAUUAAGAGAGAAUCUCCGCCCAUAAGGACAUUUGAAGGAGCCAUUACCAAGGGAAAGCCCUAUGAUGGAGUUACUACCAUUAAAGAAAUGGGCCGUUCUAUCCACGAAAUCCCCAGGCAGGACCUACUGAGCCAAGAAAGUCGCAAGACUCCAGAAAUAGUGCAGACUGCAAGGCCCAUUAUAGAAGGCUCCAUUUCUCAGGGUACACCCAUAAAAUAUGAAAGUAACUCUGGCCAGUCUGCCAUCAAACACAAUGUUAAAUCUUUAAUCACUGGACCAAGUAAACUACCCCGCGGAAUGCCUCAGCUGGAAAUGAUGCCAGAAAACAUGAAAGUGGUUGAACGAGGAAAAUAUGAAGAGGUGAAGAAUGCGGAUGCUCUACGUACUCGCCAUACAUCAGUGGUCAGUUCUGGUCCCUCUGUUCUCAGGUCAACUCUUCAUGAAGCUCCCAAAUCACAGCUGAGCCCUGGGAUUUAUGAUGAUACCAAUGCAAGAAGGACACCUGUGAACUAUCAGAGCUCUAUGUCCAGGAGUUCCCCAAUGAUGAACAGAGUUACUGAAGCUGGAAUGUCUUCUGGGAAGUCUACAAAUCAUGAAAGGAAAACACCGCUCACUCCAACCCAGAGAGAGAGUGUACCAGCAAAAUCGCCAGUCCCAGGGGUCGACCCAGUAGUAGCUCACAGUCCCUUUGACCCCCAUCAUAGAGGAGCUACUCCAGAAGUCUACAGAAGCCAUCUUCCCCCUCAUCUGGAUCCAGCCAUGCCAUUUCACAGGGCUCUGGAUCCUGCUGCAGCUGCAUACCUGUUUCAGAGGCAGCUUUCACCCACCCCAGGUUACCCAAGUCAGUACCAGCUUUAUGCGAUGGAGAACACACGGCAGACAAUCCUAAAUGACUAUAUUACCUCACAGCAGAUGCAAGUUAACUUACGCCCUGAUGUAACCCGAGGAUUAUCUCCUAGAGAGCAAACAUUAGCUCUCCCAUAUGCAGGAGCCAGAGGAAUUAUUGACCUGAAUAAUAUGGCUCCCACUAUCUUAGUGCCACACCCAGGAGGAACAAGCACCCCUCCUAUGGAGAGGAUCACUUACAUCCCUGGUACCCAGCUUACGUUCCCUCCCAGGCCUUACAAUCCUGCCUCUCUGUCACCAGGACACCCUACACAUCUGGCCGCUUCAGCUGCAGCAAAUGCUGAAAGGGAACGGGAGAGAGAGAGGGAGAAGGAACGAGAGAGGGAGAGGGAACGUGAACGAGAGCAGGAAAGGCAGCGAGAGCGAGAAAGGGAGAGAAUAGCUGCUGUUCCCACUGAGCUCUACCUUCGGCCUGGUACAGAGCAGCCUGGUAGACCUGGCAGUCAUGGGUACGUUCGCUCACCUUCUCCUUCAGUGAGAACGCAAGAGAACAUACUGCAGCAAAGACCCAGUAUUUUCCAAGGAACCAACGGGACAAGUGUGAUCACACCUCUGGACCCUGCUGCCCAGCUACGUAUCAUGCAGCUCACCCCUGGAGCCCCCACCAUCACUCCAGGCUUGCCUACUUCACGGUAUAACACAGCAGCUGAUGCCCUGGCUGCACUCGUAGAUGCUGCAGCCUCUGCUCCUCAGAUGGAAGUUGCCAAAGCAAAAGAGAACAAGCAUGAAGGAAGCAGAAUAGAAGAGAACAUGGGGCGCAGGUCAGCUGUGGUUACUGAGCAGCAGCCGCAGGUGGAGCAGAAAGUGCUGGACACAGAAAAAAGACCUGUUCAGUGUCCCUAUACAUCAGCGGCCUUUUCCAGUGGCAAGUCCCAGGGUCAGUCUUCGUCAUCAGUAGUUUAUUCAGAGGCUGGUAAAGAGAAGGGGCAUUCUAAAUCCAGGUAUGAGGAGGAGCUACGAACCCGAGGGAAGACCACCAUUACUGCUGCGAACUUCAUUGAUGUGAUCAUCACUCGGCAGAUUGCUUCGGACAAGGAUGCGCGGGAUCGGGGCUCGCAGAGUUCAGAUUCUUCUAGCAGUUUAUCCUCCCACCGGUAUGAGCCACCUGGAGAUGCCAUUGAGGUGAUCACUCCUGCAAAUUCGCCAGCGCCUGCACAAGAAAAACUGCAGCCCUAUCAACAAGAGGUGCCCAAAUCAAACCAGGCAGAGAAUGAUCCCAACAGACAAUACGAGGGGUCGUUUCAUCGGUACAGGCCACAACAAGAAUCUCCAUCUCCCCAGCAGCCUCCACCACCUUCCUCACAGGCAGAAGGGAUGGCACAUGUGCCCAGGACCCGUCUGAUCACCCUUAAUGACCAUAUCUGUCAAAUUAUUACACAAGAUUUUGCUCGAAACCAGUCGGCCUCCCAGACCUCCCUGCAGCCUCCCACAAGUACAUUCCAGAACUCGGCUUCUGUUGCAAGUCCCACGCCUCUUCGGGCCAAGGCACCCAACCGCUACAGUCCCGAGUUGCAGUCACAGUCUGUCCACCACCAACGGUCUGCUGCUAGGGUAUCUCCUGAGAAUCUCUCUGACAAAGGCAGGGGAAGACCUGGGAAGUCUCCAGAAAGAAGUCAUGUCUCUUCAGAGUCCUACGAGCCCAUCUCACCCCCUCAGGUCCCAGUUGUGCAUGAGAAACAAGACAAUGUUCUGCUGCUUUCCCAAAGAUCUGAGCCUACUGAACAGAGGACUGACUCUCGCUCUCCUGGGAGUAUAAGCUACUUGCCUUCGUUUUUCACCAAGCUUGAAAGCACGUCACCAAUGGUGAAGUCCAAGAAGCAGGAGAUAUUUCGUAAGUUGAACUCCUCUGGUGGAGGUGACUCUGACAUGGCAACUGCUCAGCCAGGAACUGAAAUAUUCAAUUUGCCAGCAGUCACUACCUCAGGUGCAGUCAGUUCUAGGGGUCAUUCCUUUGCAGAUCCUGCCAGUAAUCUGGGUCUGGAAGACAUUAUUAGGAAGGCAUUGAUGGGAAACUUUGAUGACAAAGGGGAGGAUCAUGGAGUUGUAAUGUCACAACCUAUAGGGGUAGCACCUGGCAGUUCCAACCCUGCAGUAUCAGCAAACAGUGAGACCCGUAGAGAAGAAGCUAAUCCAUCGCCCAAUUCAGGACUAGGAGUCGGCAAGCAGAAGUUAAUCGGCAAGUCCAGUAGCAGGAAGUCUAAAUCUCCUAUUCCUGGGCAGGGAUAUUUAGGAACUGAGAGACCUUCUUCUGUCUCAUCUGUACAUUCAGAAGGAGAUUACCAUAGACAGACUCCAGUGUGGGCCUGGGAGGACAGGCCUUCAUCAACAGGAUCCACGCAGUUCCCUUACAACCCCCUGACGAUGCGGAUGCUCAGCAGUACACCGCCAACAUCCAUCGCAUGUGCUCCACCAUCCAUGAGCCAAGCAACCACUCACCAACAGAACAGGAUCUGGGAGCGAGAGCCUGCCCCACUGCUUUCAGCACAAUACGAGACUCUGUCUGACAGUGACGACUGAACUAUGCAGAGGUGGUUUUUCUUCUUUUCUUCUUCUUUUUUUUUAAUUUGCGGGUCAAAGGAAAUCUUCUUUUUGACUUGUGCCCAAAGAGACUUUCCAAGAGAGCAAGGGCCAUAUGAGAUGGAGAAGCGAUGGAAACUUUUAUUCGGAGAGUCGAUUCGAAAGAUGCCUUCUGCACAGCCCACGUGAUCGAGGAAGGUUGACGUACUAAAGAUAAAUAUGUAAAGAGUUUUUAAAAAUAUGGACUAUUCCUGUUCUACAUCUGUUUGUAAAGAAAACCAUGUCUUUAAAUCAUUCUUCUGUAAAUAGAGAGUACUUUUUGCAGUGGUUUUCCCCUUGCUGUAGUAUCUGGUGUACUUAUGUUCAAAUCAAUGCAUAAACUUUGGGGGUCAUUUUGUAAUUUUUUUUAAACAUCUUCUCAAGUGUAGAAUACUCCUCGUAACCCAAGCCUGCCUACAGCAGCAGCAAUUGCCCUCUAAUGCUGUGCUGCCUCCCGCAGGCCUUGUGCUUUGAUCUAAUUUCUCCUUAGACACAUUUUCUCAGUGGUGUUCAAGCGCUUGUGAAAAUGUUGAUUUUUUUUUUUUUUAAAGACUGCCCCCUUAAUGAACUCUGUACAUUAACAUCGUCUGGUCCGCUGGAGGAAGAUGAUAUAUUUCUCUUUGAUUUUUAAAUUUCUGCCACAUUGUAAAUUUUCAGUACGGUCAGUUUUAUUUAGCAACACUGCAGAAAUAUUAUUGCAUGGGUAUGUUUAUGGUUCAGUUUAAAAGGAAAAACCCCUCCGAAGCAGCUUCUGGGAGCAUACCUCACUGUUCUCCACACUGGUGACCGAGUGGCGUUCUAGGGGACUCUUUCUGCAGCAUCUCUUGGCUUCUGCGUUGUAUGCAGCCUGAAGAAGCUACUGUUGGAAACAAAUCUUACUGCCAUGCACGACUGCAGCAAACCGCUGGUCUGAACAAAGGCUCUGGGUGGAUAAUCGGUUUGUCAAGAGAAACGGAGCAACAGCCAGCUCUGGUUUAAAGAAACAACAAACUGCUGUUGAGCUUUGAGCGAACCAAAAAGUACAAGUUGACCUUUUGGUUUUGAUUUGCAGCCAGUUUGAAAUAGAUACUGUGAUUCCUCCUUACUUCACUCUAAUUGCAAAACCUUUUAUUUUAAAGUGCAUAUCCUAGCUUUAAACCCCAAUUUCACAAGAGAGAGGUUGUCCCUAGAAACCCAUAGCCUUGCAUGAGCUAGCCCCUAGAACAGGGGUGGGCAAAAUGCAGCCUGUGGCCCACUAGGCCAUUCUGUCUGGCCCACGGGGCCCCUAAGAAUUUAGAAAAUCAAUAUUUAUCUGCCCCUGGGUGCCUGUCAUGUGGCCCUUGAUGGCUUGCCAAAACUCAGUAAGCGGCCCUCCGCCCAAAAUAAUUGCCCGCUCCUGCUGUAGAGUGUGCAGUAAGUUCUAGAGAAAUCGCCUCUUAAAAAAAUCAUGGUACUAGAAGAGGGGCUCUGUAAUCAUUCAUCUACCAGUUCCUGCUGCACGAGCAGGCUCUAUUUCAUGUCGUUCGUGUGCAUCUGACUGGUGCUGCCUCAGCUGGUUGGAUUCUCAGUCUUUUACUCGGCUGCUGUGAGGUAAAAGGAAAUUUCUGCUGGUUAGGGGAGGAUGCUAUUUAAUUCAGGGAAUAAUGUCUCUCCAAUAUCAGAUUAAACAAUGCGCAUCCCCUUUAGCAGCUAGACUGUUCCGAAGGGUCUUAGCAGAGAGCUGUCAGAUGCCAUGCUUCAGUGAUUUACCUGUUGAAAAACUUAAACUUGACUUACUCUAUUUGCCAUUCUUGCAUCUGGAAGGUACAAAAGUGGUGGUCUGUAACUCGGCAUCCAUGCAGGCUCCACAUUUUAUGGAAGAGCUUGGAGGUCCUUGUUACAGGCCAGAAGCAGCACUGCAUUAGUAUAGGAUAUUUUAAGUCGUGUAAAUGUCAAGCAAUCCAUUUGCCCCAGUUCCAGGAAGGAGAAAGGAAAGAUGUUUUUUAACCCUUCUCUUUGGGCACUUGAUAUGCUGAAGGUAUUACAGGAUUGCCUUGAGGCUGUCUUUGCAUCUUGUAUCCUGCAGUUAGUUUGGGUGUGUUAACAUCUCCUCUAAGUGUCUUCACAGUUUGAGAAGAACUAAACAAUUCUGGCUUCUAGGACUCAGCAUCCAUUGGGUUGUGUGUGUGUGCAGACCUGUGCCCUGACUUUUUAAUUCAUCCUUUAUUAUUCGACAGCAGCGCGUGCUGGAAAAUAAGUCUGUCUACCCUUAGCGCACAGUUAGAGUUGGGAAAGUGAAGAACCCAGUCCCAUUCUAAAGUUCACCUGCUUAAGUGAUCUGUGUAACAGAGCUCAGCAUGAAAUAGAGGUUUGUACACCAUAGGCCUCAUGUUAACUGCACAGUAAAGAACAGAGGAUACAUGUGGCAUAACUUUCAAGGAAAUUUGUACUGUUGUUGCCUUAUAGCUGCUGUGAGGUGGCCUAGCUAAGAAGUAUUAUUGGAUUCCCAUGAGAAAUGUUUUGUAGCAUUUGCACAUUAAAUGUAAUUCUCAUUAUUUUUGUCAGGCAUGGUUCCCUUGCCCUUAACUUUGUUGCCGAUACCCAGAGCCUAAAUGCAGGUUCGUUACGAUUCUAGUAGCCUCUCGCUAAUCAGAUGACAUCUGCCCCAUUUCAAAACGAGGCAACCGUAAGUCAUUGUUUACAAGGAGCAGUUUAUGACAACUUUUUAACUGUGUUCUGAUCAGCGCUUUCACAACGUUUUCAUCUUGGUAUGUUUGGUGAUUCUGAUACGAAAACAUUCAAGACUUGAAAAACCCAUGCGUCAUGAUAAAAUUUAAUACUUUUUUCACACAAUGUCUUCACUAGACAGUGACUUCUGGAUUCAGACCAAUCAAUAAAGGGGAUCAGCUCUCCA